ACGUGUCUGUGUGUAUUUCAUUGGUUGAUCCUCAGGCUUUUCCUUCCUGUAAGAAGUUGCUGGCGUUUGGGUUCUCGGGAUCAACUAAGAAGCAAAAAUGAGGCGAAUAAUUACAUUUGUGUUGGCUCUUUGUCUGACUCUUUGUGCAGCUGACACUUGUACAGAGCCGGUGAUCUCCACCUCAUCAUACACCACAGGUGAUGCAUUGAUCUCCACCGAGACAGUCUUCAUUGUUGAGCUGAGCCUGACAUGUGGAAAUGACGUACAGAGUGUUGCCCUGUAUGCUGAUGUUAAUGGCAAACAGUUUCCUGUGACCAGAGGUCAGGAUGUUGGAAAAUAUCAGGUUUCUUGGAGUGUUCCCCACAAACAAGCCAGCUCAGGGACAUAUCAAGUGAAGUUCUUCGAUGAGGAGGCUUACAGCAUGCUGCGUAAGGCUCAGAGAAACAAUGAAGAUGUCGAAGGCAUCAAGCCAUUGUUUUCUGUCAAUGUAGACCACAGGGGUGCUUGGAGUGGUCCUUGGGUGUCCUCUGAGGUCUUGGCAGCUGUUGUCGGCAUUGUUCUGUACUAUUUCGCAUACAUCACUAAAAGUUCAAUUCAGGCAUAAAUAUCUCAAGUGCUAAAAUUAUUAAAAAGCAGCUCAUGUCAUGUAAACAUACGCCAUACUCAAGUCUUAAAUAUUAGGUCCUGUUAAGAGAUUGUUUUUUGCCACAGUUGGGAGAAGCCUGAGUAAUAAUGUGUGUUAUUACAUGUGUACUUGAUGUUCUGAGGACACAUUCUGGCUUUUGGAAUGUCUGCUUGUCAAUGAAAUUCAUUGAAUAAAACGAAACAUUUUUAA